AUGGCGGUGAAGACUGACAUGAGCAAAGCAUACGAUCGCCUCGAAUGGAACUUCAUAUCCACUGUGCUUGAGAGGCUGGGCUUCCAUCCUAUUUGGAUUGGAUUGAUCAUGCAGUGCAUCUCAUCUGUUACAUAUUCCUUCCUUAUCAACGGUUCGCCUAGAGGAAGUGUUAUACCGAGCCGAGGGAUCCGCCAAGGCGACCCCCUCUCCCCCUACAUAUUCAUACUAUGUAGUGAGGUGCUCUCGGGUCUUUGUAACAGAUCACAAGAGGAAGGACGCAUCCAAGGAAUUCAGGUGGCAAGGGGGAGUCCCCGAAUUAACCACCUUCUAUUUGCGGAUGAUACUAUGUUCUUCUUAAGUGCUAGUAGGGAAUCCACAACUGCACUCAAGGCGAUUUUAGACAGAUAUGAAGAAGCGUCGGGACAAUCCAUCAACAAGGAUAAGUCCUCCAUAACUUUUUCCCGUAAGGCGCCAACCGAACUCAAGCAGAGAGUGCACAACGAGUUACAAAUAUUGAAGGAGGGAGGAGUUGGAAAGUAUCUAGGGUUACCGGAACACUUUGGUAGGCGAAAGAGGGAUCUCUUUGCAUCAAUAGUGGACCGGAUUAAGCAAAAGGCGAGUAGCUGGUCCAAUCGGCACCUAUCAACCGCGGGAAAACUUGUGAUGCUUCAAAGUGUACUCACCCCGGUCCCUUCACACGCGAUGACAUGUUUUGAGCUUCCCGUGUCACUGUGUAAACGCAUUCAAUCUGCGUUCACACGAUUCUGGUGGGACGGGGGAAAUGGAAAACGAAAGAUGGCAUGGAUCUCUUGGGAGAAGCUGACAUUGCCAAAAGAUAGUGGAGGGCUGGGCUUUCGAGAUGUGCAGGCUUUUAACGAAGCUUUUCUCGCAAAGAUCAGUGUCCGCUUGAUUGAAAAUCCAGAGGGAUUAUUAGGACGAACACUGUUGAGUAAAUACUGCCCAGAUGGGGAUUUACUAAGAUGCAAAAAGCCGAGUGGAAGCUCUCACGGAUGGAACAGCAUAUUGGUAGGGAGAGAUCUCCUAUUGAAAAAACUGGGUUGGGUAAUUGGCGAUGGCUCUAAGAUUAAGAUAUGGGAGGAUGCUUGGCUGAGCCUUGAUGAACCGCAAAGACCUAUAGGACCUCCGACAUCGAAUACAAUGAAUCUAGUGGUGAAGGAUCUUAUUCAUCCUGAGACGGGACAGUGGAAUCGGGAGCUCAUUCAAGAGGUCUUGCCGUUCCAGGAACAGCAGAUUCUGCUGCUGCAGCCUAGCACUAAGGGAGCUACAGAUGCGCUAAAAUGGCUAGGUACAAAAGAUGGAAACUACACUGUCAAGUCUGGUUACCAUGCUGCUAUGGCAGAGAGCAAAGAGGCAAUCCUAGAGGACGAACCAACACAGGAGUUUGACUGGAAACCUACAGUUUGGAACCUCAAGCUAGCCCCUAAAGUCAAAAUGUUUACCUGGAAGAGCUUAAAAGGAAUCAUCCCGGUGGGUGAAAGACUACUGGCACGCCACAUUGCCGUCGAUCCGAGAUGUAAGCGAUGCGGAAGCUUGGAAUCUAUCAAUCAUCUUCUCUUUCACUGCCCUUUUGCUCGAGAGGUGUGGAGCCGCUCCCCUCUUGACGAAAGCUUUGACAUUAGCGGAUUGACAGAUUUACGAGCUGAUUGGACAGAGUUACAUGCUUGUAAAUCCCUCCCCCCUGCAGGUAUCACUACCACCCCGUUGGUCCCAUGGAUCAUGUGGUUCCUUUGGAAAGCACGGAACAAGUUUGUCUUUGAGAAUUAUGCUGGGAAUCCGGCGGAUUUACUAUCGCAGGCUAUCGCAGCAGCGAGAGAAUGGGAGGAGUCGCAAGUGAUUGCCGUGAAAAGCACUCUCUUUAAUCUCCCAGUUCAACACGAGCAAGUGGAGGCGGUGGCUCAGACGGACGCUGCUUGGAGAGAGAAUUCUCAGAUCGCAGGGUUGGGAUGGAUAAUCAAAAGCUCAGAACAGAGUAAGGAAGAUGCAAGGGGAGUAGGCUUUAUCCCCUCCUCGCUGAUAGCCGAAGGAUUAGCUCUGAGAGAGGCCAUCGACACCUGUAGGGCCAUGGGGCUGAAAGAAGUGCGUUUUGAAUCGGAUUCGGCGCAGUUGAUUAAAGCGAUCAAUGGAAAAAGGCCGUCACUGGAUCUCUAUGGCAUAGUGGAGGAUAUCUUAUCAAUGGCGAAAGACUUUGAGAUCGCUGUGUUUAUUUGGAUUUCCCGUUUAAAAAACGCUGAGGCGGAUGUAUUAGCGAAGAACGCUUUAAAUGUGUUUGAACAAGAGGUGGUUGGUGAGUUUAUUCCCCCACCGGUUUAA